UAAAAGCUCCUUGGUCUAUACCCUUGCACCAAAGCUGCAAACGUUUCCAUCCAACCUUCAACCUUCCAAGUAGAAAAUAAUGGAGGCCUUCAUCUUUUCCUAAUCCACCACAUAAGAUCUCGAUUUCGAUGAAGAGACCCGACAGGUACAAAUAUCCCUGACUACAUUCUCUGACUAGCUACCUCUCUCUCUCAGGUUGAUUUGGAGAUUGUGCGACAUGAGGUCGGGCAUGACCAGGAUAUCCAUAUUUGUGAUAGUUUUUGCGCAAAUUUUUGCAAUCGCAGCAUCGAAGAUUGCCAUUGAAGAGCUCUAUCACAACGAACGGAAUAAUCUGAUUCAGCUUCGCGAUUCGCUGAGCUCGACAGUGAACCUCCACUCGAAUUGGACGGGUCCUCCUUGCCACAAUGACCAGAGCCGAUGGUUCGGGAUCACAUGCUCGAACUCGCAUGUUGUUGGCAUUGAUCUCGAAGGAAUUCAGCUCACAGGCUCCCUUCUGACCACGGCUUUCCAGAAUAUGGCAUAUCUCACCACCCUCAGUCUGAGUAACAAUGCCCUUCAUGGCUAUCUUCCCAGUCUCAAAGGUCUUGAUAGUCUCCAAGUCGUAUCAUUCUCAAGAAAUCGCUUUUCUGGAUCAAUCCCAUUGGAUUUUGUAGCACUGCCCAAUCUUUCCCGUUUAGAGCUCCAAGAUAACCUUCUAAAUGGAUCGAUUCCACCGUUUGAUCAGCAGACAUUGACUGAAUUCAACGUCUCCUACAACUUCAUUGAAGGCCAAAUUCCCAGGACUUUGGCACUGCAGAGGUUGCCAAGUAGCUCUUUUGAUCAUAACUUGGAAUUGUGUGGAGGACCAAUGGCCAAAUCAUGCGCAAUGGCUUUGCCUGGCACCAACGUUCCUCCUUCCGAGCGUAAAGGAAGUGCACCUACUCAUUCCACUAGCCGUUCGAGCCCAUCGAGCACCAAGGUUCUGGGGCCAAGAGGUGUUGCUUUGAUUGCAGUAGGUGCAUCCAUGGUUUCUUUCAUGGCUAUCUUCGGUUUCUUGUGCUACUACAAGAGAUAUUAUAAGCAGGCGGAAGGGAAAGGAGAUUAUUCCGGAGAAGCGUCUAUUGAAUUCAUAGAGAAGGCUUCGAAAGGAUCAGAGAGUACUGCAGAGCCAGAGAGAGCUGGACGAUUGGAAUUCUUUAACAAAGAAAGGCAGGUCUUCGACCUCGACGAUUUACUGAAAUCCUCGGCAGAGGUGCUGGGGAAGGGGAAGAUAGGGACCACAUACAAAGUGACUCUGGAAUCGGGCGUGGUUGUCGUUGUGAAGAGGCCCAAGAACAUAAAUGGGGUGAGCAAGAAGGAAUUUGUCCAGCAGAUGCAAUUGCUUGGCAGCCUGAGGCAUGAGAACCUUGUGGAGAUCAUCGCCUUCUACUAUUCCAAGAAUGAGAACCUGAUAGUAUAUGAGCACGUCCCCGGUGAAAGCCUGUUUCAGCUGCUCCAUGAUAACAGAGGAGAGGGAAGGGUGCCCUUGAACUGGGCAACGCGCCUAAGUAUAGUCAAGGGGAUAGCAAGAGGUUUGGCUCAUCUCCACCAAUGCCUGCCUUCUCUAAAGGUCCCCCAUGCUAACUUGAAAUCAUCCAAUGUUCUCAUCCUUCAUAACAACCACCAUCCGAAGUACCAACCCAAGCUCACAGACUUUGGAUUUCAAGCCCUGCUCCUUUCGCCAAACCAGUCUCUCAAGUUGGCCAUUGGAAAGUCACCAGAGUUCACUCAAGGAAGAAAAUUGACCCAUAAGACCGAUGUCUAUUGCUUCGGCCUGAUGCUUCUUGAAGUGGUCACCGGGCAGGUCCCCUGUGACAAUGAGGUUGAUCUGCCGGAGUGGGUGAGUUUGGUUAUCAGAAAUGAUUGGUCGACAGAUAUAUUGGAUUUGGAGAUAGUGGCAGAGAAAGAUAGGCAUGGAGAUAUGCUGAGGCUCACGGAGAUUGCUCUUGAAUGUGCAGCCUUGGAGCCAGAGAGACGCCCCAACAUGAGUGAGGUGGUCAAGAAGAUUGAAGAGAUCAAAGUACCAAACGGUGAAGGAAAAAUUUGAUUAUGCGAACUUACAUAACAUUGUGUUUUUCUCUUUAAUUCUUUUGGGUGUUCUUUUUGUCUGCAUGUAUACAAUAUUGUAGAAUUAGAUGUAUUGCAGCUACAAAAUUUCACGUAAUAAAAGGAGA